GGGGUUAAAGCCGAACAGUGGUCUUGAGUUGCAGGUUGUUGGCACUGAGGGUUGUGGGCGAGUUCUGGGAAACCAUAUUGUAGUACAAUGUUACUGCUUUCUCAAUGUAUUAAUUCAAGUUCUGAAUUAUGCUGCUUAUAUUUCCAUGGGUAUUUGUUGAUUUGCUUGGAUUUUUAUAUCUUUGAAAGAAAGGGUUCUGAGAACAGAUAGUUUUGAAUGUGUAUUGAUUUUUUCGUUGUUAUAUGAUGACCUAAAACGAUACUUUCAGUGAGUAUGCAAAAUCAGUCUUUUUUAUGAUUCGGGUGAAUUUAAGUCUAUGGUUGCAGGCUUGUUCUCGCCAAAAAGGAGGCACCUUUUUGUUAGAGCUCUUCAUUUGGGUAAGCAAUUCGCACACCCAAAUACAGAGGAUGUUCUGUUUCGAUCAAUCUGUGUGAAUUUGAGGGAAAAUAAAUGGAAAUUUAUGGACCAAAUAUGCUCUGGGCUCACAGGGUCCGUGCUUUCUCGGGUUUUCAACGAGUUCCGGAGCUCUCCCCAAGUAAUGUUGGAGUUCUACAAGAGGAUUGGUGGAGCAAAAAGUGUCUUGAAUUCGCUUGAAAGUUGUUGUGUUGUGAUUCAUGUGAUGGUGUGCUGUAGGCAUUUUGAUGAUGCUUUGUGGUUGAUGAAAGAGUUGAUGAUAAGGAAGGGGAUUUCACCUUUGGAGUUUUUGGGAGGGCUUAUUGAUAGUUAUGAUGUAGGUUGCCGGAGUAAUGCUGUAUUUGACACAUUGGUUAGGGCUUGUACUCAAAUUAGGCUGACAGAUGGUGGUUAUGAGGUUAUAAAGAAGUUGAGAAUGGAGGGUCAUAUGGUUUCGGUUCAUGCACUGAAUAAUUUUUUGAAUCAUCUGUUAAAGUUAGAUGAGGUUGGUCGCUUUUGGCUGGUGUAUAGGGAAAUGGUUUCUUGUGGCUAUAUGGAGAAUGUGUAUACUUAUAAUAUUGUUAUUUAUGCCCUUUGUAAAGAAUGUAAAUUGUUUGAGGCAAUUUCUGUGUUUUACCGGAUGGUGAAGAGUGGAAUAGUGCCAAAUGUUGUCUGCUUCAAUAUGCUUAUAGAUGGAGCUUGUAGAAUCGGUGAACUUGAUUUAGCAUUCAAGCUUGUUAGAAACAUCGGAAUUAUGUCAGGAGGCUGGGUAUUCCCUAAUUCAAUUACCUAUAAUUCUCUCAUCAAUGGGUGUUGCAAGUUGGGAAGUUUAAGGAUUGCAGAAAAAUUUCUUGCUGAAAUGAUUGAGAUGGGUUUUGAGCCAAAUGUAAGGACCUAUGCAACCUUAGUUGAUGGGUACUCAAAAAAUGGUAAAUUGGAGGAGGCAUUUAUGAUGUGUCAUAAUAUGAUUAGUAUGGGUUUAUUGCCAAAUUCAGUAAUAUAUAAUACAUUAAUUCACCAGCUAUACAUGGAAGGAGAUGUGAAUGGGGCUUCCGGUUUAUUGUCUGACAUGAUCAAGAGAAAUAUUCUUCCUGACAACUUCACCUACUCGAUUCUUGCCAAAGGGCUCUGUAAAAAUGGUCAAAUGAGAGAAAUUCUCAAGUAUUAUAAACAGAUUGUGGAAAACAACCUUGCAGAAGAUGCUUGUUCUCACAACAUUCUUAUUGAUUAUCUGUGUAGAAGUGAAAACACGCAUGGGGCACAACAAAUAUUCUGCAGUAUGUUUGUUCGGGGGUUAAUUCCAGACCUGGUCACUUAUGGUACGAUGAUCAAUGGAUUCUGCCAGGUAGGCAACGUCGAAAGUGCUGUUGAGGUUUAUGAUGACAUGAUAAACACGAAGAAGAAUCCCAACUUAGUGAUUUAUAACACUAUAGUCGAUGGAUUAUGCAAAGCCGCCUCUGUGGAUGCAGCUAAAGGUUUGGUCGAUGCACUGAAAGGGACUUCUGUAUAUGAUGUCAUAACCUUUAAUACAUUGCUGAAUGGGUAUUGUAUAAACGGUGAAAUUGAAAAGGCGCUGCAUUUGUUCUGCAGUAUGAGAAAAGGAGGUUUAUCUAUCAACACGGUUACUUACAAUAUUCUGAUCAAUAUGAUGUGUAGAUAUGGAUUGAUUCAGCACGCCAAAGAACUGAUAAGUGUAAUGAUCACACGGGGUAUAAGUCCCGAUGCUGUCACAUACACAACACUACUCACAAGCGCGAGCAAGAUAAGCAAUGCUGACGAAGUUUUACAGCUGCACGACUACAUGGUGCUGCAAGGAACAAUUCCAGAUAGCGACACUUACAAAGCUGUCAUUAGUCCACUUGUUGAAGCCAAUGGUUCGGGUUUGUUUGAACUUUAGUUGUAGGGAAAACAAGAGUUACAAUGAAUUCCAGAGAUUAAGAGAGUGGCUUCUAAGCUUUGUAUAUGUACUUGCCAAUUGUGCAUAAAUUUGAUAAUUUCAUAGUUUCUCUU